AUGCUCCUCAGUGCUGAGCCGAUCACUCAUGCUCAUGCGACUCCCAUCGUGGCACCAGUGGCGCCUGUCGCUACGACACAGUACCAUCUUCCCGUUUAUUCCUAUUCCACGUACUUUCACUAUUACCAUCCUCGGGCUGAGGUUCACAAUGUGGUGAAGUCCUAUACUAAAGAAGCAGCCCUCGCUUCCGAGACUUCGGUAGUUUCCGGAGAUGAUCAUCUUCCUGCGUCCUUAGGAUUACAUCCAUUUGAUCAAAUCUCGGAUUAUGUCUCGUCGACACCGAUGCGUUCCCGUUUCCAUCGAAAGAAAUAUGCGAAGAAAACAUCUCGACUGCACAAAUCGCUUGAGAAGAAGAAGUUGAAGAAUUAA